AACCUUCGCAUAUUUCCUCGACAUCUUCCAUUUCCCUCUAAUUCCGAUCAAUCCAAAGACUAUACAAUUUUCCAUCAAUUUCACGCCGAAUUCAUUUCUCAAUUCCGGCGAGCUUCAUCCACGGCACCGUCCAGCUCCGAGCAACCGUCUCUGCUUACUCGUAUCUCUAUGCAAUGGUGGUCUGCAAAUGCCGGAAGGCAACGAAGUUGUACUGUUUUGUGCACAAGGUUCCUGUUUGUGGAGAAUGCAUCUGCUCUCUAGAGCACCAGAUAUGUGUGCUGAUGUAUAUGCAUUAAUUAAGCUACUGGAACUUUGAAAAUAGUCUACAAAGACUGACAUUAACUUAUUUAAGGAAAUGAACAAAGAAAGAAAUGUAAAAAUAAAUCUGUGGAGGUAUUAUUAGAGACUCAUAGGAAAGGUCUCAUCACGACUAGGAUUGAGCUUGAGGUUGUGUGUUACAGUACUAUAAAAUAUUAUUCAGAUUAUCCAGUGAUUCUUGGUUGUUGUAUACAUUCUGCCAGUUAUGUUGCAGGAUUUGUUGGCUGAGGCAAGAGUAUAAUGAAGCAUUUGUCUACAAUUCGCAUAUGUACAUUUGUUAAUUCAACGUAAAUUUCGUAUUGACUUGAAUGUUUCCAGUUCGAAACAUAAUGCAGACAGCUGGGGUAUAUGCAGUAUUUUUCUUAUCCCUUCUUUGCAGAUACGUACUUACUCAGAAUGGGUAAUAGAUGGAGACUAUGACUGGCCUCCCAAGUGUUGCAAGUGCCAAGAAGUGCUUGAAGAGGGGGCUGGCUUUGAAACCACUCGAUUGGGUUGCUUACAUGUUUUACACACAAAUUGCCUGGUUUCGCAUGUCAAAAGCUUUCCACCUCACACUGCACCUGCUGGAUAUGUCUGUCCUUCAUGUUCUGCUCCUAUAUGGCCUCCUAAGACUGUCAAAGAUUCAGGUUCUCGUUUUCAUUCACAUCUGAAGGAAGCUAUUUUGAAGACUGGCAUGGAAAAGAAUUUGUUUGGAAACCAUCCCGUUUCUUUGCCCUCAAAAGAGUCCUGUGGUCCUCCGCAUGCCUUCACCUCAGAUCCUCUAAUAAAUGUAUCCUCUAAUGGAGGCUUGGAGUAUAGUUCAAAUUCACAGCCCUCUGUGGCUAAAGAUGGCAAGAAUGUUACUGAAGUAGACUCUGCCUCAGUUGUGGUGCCUUCUAAACUUACAGUGUCAGAGAUAAUAGAAGUAGACAGUCCUAGUUCAGCAGGGAAUUACCCAAAAAACUCAAGCCCAGCUGGUCCCGUUCCUACGACACGAAAAAGUACAGCCUAUGUUGAGCGGCAAAACUCCAAAAUAUUAUAUCAUGCAGAUGAUGAAGAUGGGAAUCGUAAGAAGUAUAGCAGAAGAGGCCCACUCCGUCAUAAGUUUCUGAGAGCAUUGCUUCCAUUCUGGUCAAAUGCAUUACCAACCUUACCAGUGACUGCACCUCCUCGUAAGGAUGCAUCAAAUGCAGAUGAUGUCUCAGAGGCUCGAUUGCGGCAUCAAAGAUCAACACGGAUGGAUCCAAGCAAAAUUCUUCUCAUCAUAGCACUCAUGGCAUGCAUGGCAACCAUGAGCAUUCUAUAUUACAAAAUUGCGCAACGGGCUCCUGGUGAAGAACUGCCUCAUGAUGAGCAGCAGUAAUUCUUAGAGUUUGACAUGGUGAUAUUGGAAUAGGUGAUGUUACAUUGCUUGCUUCCAAAAAGUCAUGCCGGGUCAUUCUGAGGCAAAACCUUUUUCUUUUUUGUGAAAACCACAAGAUGAUUGCAGAAAAUCUCUCUUCCUUCGCUCCCAUUUUUCUCUCCCUCAUACUUUUCAAAACUUGGAUAUAAGAAAAUAUCAGUUCGGCUGAGCUGAUGCCGAAUGUUGUACGCCAUUUUCUUGGAAAUGGUUCUCCUUGCCAUUCAUUUUUCCCCCUGUUAUCCUUUGAUGUUAAAUAUUGGGAACUUUAAGAAAAAAUUAUUUGCUGUAACUGUGAUACUUUGUAAUUACUAAUUAUCUGUUACGUUUAUAAAUUUGAUUAAGCCGCUGUAAGUAAUAAUAAAAAUUCUGACUUUCA